GUGAUCUAGUUGCAUCCGGAUUUCCCCCGACUGAGAGUUAGAGACACAACUGCAAUGGUUUGUGUUCCCUCUUGUGGCGUGUGGACUUCAUUCUAGAGAGAGAGGAAAAAGAUUAGAGAGAGAAGAAAUGGUGGGUGUGGUUUUGAUUUGUAUGGUAACAACUGCUAUCAUUUGGCUCUUCUUCAAGUUUGCCAAGGCAGAAGGGGAUUUCACACUACUGGCAAAAGGAGCAGCUAAGCGGGAGGAAGUGGAAGAUAAGGUUGUGUGGAUUACAGGCGCAAGUGGUGGCAUCGGGGAGGUUCUUGCCAAACAGUUUGCUAAUUUAGGUGCGAAACUGAUCAUUUCUGCGCGACGAGAAGUGGAGCUAGAGCGUGUCAAAGCUGAACUUGUAGGUAAACAUGCUCCUCAUGGAGUUAAAAUAUUACCUUUGGAUUUGGCAUCUGGCAAGGAGUCAUUAAAAGAAGCAGUUGAGAAAGCAGAGUCUUUCUUUCCUGAUUCUGGUGUCGAUUAUAUGGUUCACAAUGCAGCUCAUGAACGCCCUAAAACGUCAAUUCUAGAUGUGACUGAGGCAUCUUUCAAGGCCACAUUUGAUGUGAAUGUCGUCGGAACAAUCAUACUCACCCAACAACUUCUACCUUUCAUGUUGAAGAGGGGAAAGGGUCAUUUCAUCGUGAUGAGUAGUGCAGCAGGAAAGGCUCCUGCACCAGGUCAAGCUGUGUAUUCUGCUUCCAAGCAUGCUGUGAAUGGAUACUUCCAUACCUUACGUUCAGAGCUCUGUGGGAAAGGAAUUAUGGUGACUGUUGUCUGUCCUGGACCCAUAGAUACUUCAAAAAACCUGCAAGCAGGUAGUGCAACGGAGCAAAAGCGUUCGUCUGAGGAACGAGUAUCGGCAUCAAGAUGUGCAGAGCUAACCAUUGUUGCAGCAACACAUGGACUGAAGGAAGCUUGGAUUUCAUAUCAGCCUGUACUUGCUGUCAUGUAUCUAGUGCAAUACAUGCCAACCCUUGGCUACUUUGUCAUGGAUAAGAUUGGAGCAAAGCGAGUGGAGGCGGCAUUGCAACAAAGCAACACCUACGGUUGGAACUUACUAUUUGGCCAAGGAAAGAAGGACUGAACGAAGAAUAAUCACAUUUAUGAUUACAUUUCAUGACUUGAAAAGAUUUAGAGCUGGCUCAAAUCAGUUAGUAACUUCAUUACUGCCUCAAAAAAAAAGAAAAAAAAAAGAAAAAGGAAGACAAAAGAAGUUAUGUUCUAUUGUAGGCCUUAAAGCUGAGAGGGAACUGAUUUAUUAUUAUUUGUUAUAUGUAAUUUGUUGACUAGAAAUUCUACAAAGAAUACGAGAGAGCAAGAAUAUGGAUGUGAAAGCUAUUAAUCACUUUAAAGUUCUGGAGAGU